AAAGUUAAAAUAUUUGAACGAAUUUUUUUAUUAGCACGUUAACUUUUAAUGAUGUUGAGAGUUGGCUCUCUUAACGCAAAAAGUGAUAUGAAAUGAUGUUAAGAAUUGGUUGUAAUAAAAUAAACUUGUUCUACAAUAAACCAUGUGCUAUCCACCGUCUUUUUCUUACUUCUCGUUACACUACGCACGAAAUAUUGCCAAAAAAAGUUACUUUUGCAGACAAAUUUAAAUCCGUUUGGAAUGGACCUAAUUUUAAAUAUUGGUUUUUGGGAACAACGUUUUUCUUUUCAUGGAUGACGUACUAUGGUAUAAAAACUUAUAAAAAAACAAGAAUUAAUGUUGAACUGCUGCCACCUUUGCCUGUUCACCCAUUAGUGAAACGAACUUAUGAAAUGGAACAGUUACAUUCAAAAGUUUCUACGCAAAGUUCUUUGUUAGGUGGUGAAAAUAUAAAAGUUGUUAUGGUUUUGGGUCCUCCAGCAACUGGGAAAACUGUGUUAGUUCGCGAUUUUGUAAAAUCUGUUAUAGAAAAGCAAGAAGGAUUCAAGUUUAGUCUUCCAAAAUCACAUGUAUCGGUUUUUUUACAGGCUGACAACGAAGAUGCAUUUCUUAAUUCUCUUAAAGCUUUUGCAUCUUCGCUAAAAAUAAAACCAAGCGACUUGGAUAAUAAAAUACACGAAUUGAGUCUAUCGCGUACAUUUAAUUUGUCGUCUUUUAGUGAACAAUGCGAUGCUUUGUUAUGCUGUAUCCAAGAAAUUCUUUUUAAGCAUGCUGGAUGGGUUUUAGCUAUCGAUAACUUGCAACCUAACACUCCGAAUUCUGUUUUUAGUGUAAUUAAUAAAUGGUUUAUUGGAAAAGAAUCAAACAAUUGGAGCAUGGGAACUGUAGUUCUCAUAUAUGACGCUGUGAAUUGUUUUGCAAUGAAUUUUCCUGAAAGUAAAAAGUACUUUAUGGAAAAGGGAUUUUACGAAAAUGAUUGGUUUCAGGCUUUAAAAAUAGUAUCUGGUUUAGACGCUACUUUACAAAUGUCUGCUAGUUUUGAGCGCCUCGCUGCUGUUCUAAAAAAGAAUCCUUUAGCAAUAAUGUGUGCUGGAUUUUUAUUAAGAGAGAGGUUGUCAUUAAAAGAAAUACGUAGUAUUGAUACCGUGGUUACAGAGUUAUGUUCUGAGAUUGAAGAGAAAGUUAUUGAAGUUAAAGAAAAUAAUAAGUUUAUGUCACAGUUUAUUGAGAGUGAACUUGGAACAACUUUAGUUGUUACAGAAACUAUCGUUGCUAUGACUCUUAAGUUAUUGCUUCGAGACGAUAAUUAUCUUAAUCACGGCAUAGAUUUGAUUGCCUCGCUUAAACCUAACACACCAGUGCCUCAGUCUCUUUUAACAAGACAUUUGUUAAAUUCAUUUUAUAAACUUCCAAUACUUAGCAAAGCAUCUUACGGACUUGCUGAUGUAUUUAGUAGACAAAGAGCUGAGCUUGUUAAACAAGAAAGCGCAUUAAACGAGUUGGUUGACAACGGAAAAGCAUGGUCCAAUAAAAACCUGGCUGAAUACAUGCGAAGAGUAAAAGACUUUGUUUUAACUGGAUUUGAAACUAUUAAAAUGAUAUAUAAUUUGUUAUAUGGUGUUUUGCCUGAUUUGCCAGAAAAGGAUGAUGGGUUAGGUAUGUUUCGGUCAUUCCCACUUCUAAUGACACAAACAGUAGAACCUGGAGGUGUCAAAACAAUUUCAAUGCAUCCUGUAGUAUACAAUGUUGCUCGUCAGCACUUUCUUUCGGCUACAGUACAUCGUAUGGAGUGUGAGCAUAUCCUUGAAAGUGAAUUGACAUAUAAAAAUCAAUCCUGGUAUAAAAAGUUGAAUGGUUUUAGCAAACAAGCAUCAAUACAUUUAUUUCGGAACUCUGCUGGAGUUUAUGAUGGCGACAUUUCUUUUGCCCAGUCGAUUUUAAAUAAGUAUAAUUUUGGAAUAGACAUUUCUUCGAUAUUUAAAACGAUCACUGUGAUGGCAAAAGAUGAGUUAUUUUGGGUCCCAACUGAUAAAGAAUUAGCACGCUACUUACAAGGUCAUUUAGCUCGUGCGUUAUCUUCAAUCAAUGAAGAAAUUUUAGUUUCUAAGCAAGAUACAGGAGGAUUAACUUCAAGAAAACUUUUGUUGUGUCAUUUAAAGUAUAUUAUGGAGAAUCAGAAGAUGGAUGUUAUAGGUAGGAAAGGUUAUGCUGAAUGUUUAAGUUCUUUAGCCAAUUGUUUGGCGUUAAUUAAUGAAGAUUUUGAAAGCAGUAAACAGAUACUUCAGCAAGUUCUGGAUUUACAAGAAUCUUCUCAAGAAACUAACUCUUUGGAUAUUGCCAAAACAAUGACUGAUAUUGCUAAAAUGCAACAGUCGCUGCAACAGUUUGAUGAGGCUAAAGAUGUAUUAGAGAAAGCUGCGCAGCUAUAUGAAGCUGAUCGUCGAAAGUUUGGCGAGUAUAAAAAGCCAUCUGAUUAUGGUAGGCUACUUGGAUUACUUGGUGUAACAUACAGUGCUCUUGAUAUGAAACGAGAAUCAAAAGAGUCUAUUGAAAGAUCUCUCAUGAUGUUACAAGCUAUAACUCCGGACCUUUCCGAUGAAGCUAAAAGUAAACAAUUUGGAGCAGAAUUUGCAAGUGCGCUGACGGAUUUAGGUCACGCUUACACUUUGAUGGGGCUUCCUCUUUACGGGAAAAAGAUACUUGAUUUGUCAUUAGCAGCACUCAGAAAUAUUCAUGGUACUGAUAAUCAUCCUGAAAUUGUAAGAGCCUUAACAGUAUUAAGCGUUGCGCAUCUUAUGCAAGGACAUAACGAAGAAAGUAAAAAACUGAGAAACGAAGCUGGAAAGAUACAGACAGCGAUAAAUGCUUUACCUCUGUAUUAGCUUAUAAAUUUAUUUUUUAUAAUUUUUUUUUUCUUUUAAAUUUAUCAAGUGAUAAGAAGAUGAUACGUAAUUUUUAAAGGGAAAAAACCUUAAUCCCAAA